AUGACAUUUCUUGCAUUCGAUUCAAGUGAUAUUUAUGAUGAUUGCGACGAUGUUGUGGAGUCGAAAGGUCUGGAAAGUGACAAAAACGAAGGAACAGCUUUGAUCGCUGCCCUUGCAAAGGCCAUUGCUGAAAUUGAUGUGAACUCAUGUGAACCAGUUGCAAGUACUCAAAAUGGCUCGUUCAGUGAAGCUUGUAACAGCAGUCAGAACAGUUCAGGACCACACGAUUCCGGUUUCUACAGCGCAUCCGAUGCAGAAACUACUUCAUCCCUAAAUCAUUCAUUCGGAAGUAGUGAAAGCGCUAAUGUUAGCUCAACGGAUCAAAGUUUGGAUGAAUUGUUGGCGCAGUUAAAUCUCCGUCAAGUCGCGAAAUUCGAGCCCGUUUUCCCGCAAGUGGAAAAUGAUGACAGCGAAGAUGAUGACGCCGACACUGUACACGAAAAAAGAGAGGAACGUGAGGAAAAAAAAGAUACGCAAACCUGUGAAGAGGAGGUCCAACGGCUUUCAAAUGGCAGUGAAAUACGAAGGCGAAAAAUGAGGACAUUCAAUAUGCUGCAAAACAGUAAACAGGUUACUCUUCGAUCGCGAGGUAGUGGCGGCGAUGAAAUUGUUAACACGUUCCAUGAUGGCGAUUUGUCAUUCAACGAUGAUUUAGCAACUGACGAUUUUUUCACGACACCACGCAGCAGAUUUGAACGCACAGGUUUUCGACGCCCGAAAUGUUUGGAUGAUUUGAUGGACACGUCUGAUGAAACCGCAAGUCUGGAUCAAGGCAUAUCGCAAAAGAUCAAAAGUGUCAAGCACAUGGAUACCGUUUCACAGAGAUCGGACAUAACGGCAAGACGAGGGAGCAAGGAAGCCUUAUAUGAUGACUCUUUCCCAAAGCCCAGAGAAGCUGUGGACAAAACGGUGACAUUUCAGAAAACUCCCCACUAA